ACUCCUGGUGGGGGGGCGGGGAGGGGAGGGGGGGCGGGGGUGUUACUGGCACUUCGAGGACGAGGCGGACGAGGUGGAGAAGGCGCGUGACCUGACCUUCGUGCUGACCCACAUGAGGCUGCUGCCCGGCGUGAGCGUGAGUGAGAUGGUGAGUACGCCCCUGUGGUCCUGUGGUUCAAGCCCCGUGGUGGUGGCGGCCAUGGCGGGGAGCCCACUGCUGAUGCUGACGCUGCUGCAACACGGCGCCGGCCACAGCACCGUCAGCACCAGCGUCAGCACCGGCCUGACUCAGCACGCACGGCACACGCAACACCGAUCUGCAGUUAAUGGCGUCCACAUGGCGAUUCUAAUUCUCCUUCGCAAAUUGGAGGAGGACUGGAGGGGGGGAGAGGAGGGGAGGGGAGACGCGCCCCCUCAACCUGACCUCCUCACCUGGGCCGGCCGCUCCCCCCACGCUCAGUGUCUCAGAUUCCUGCUCCGCUCCGUGCCGCGCGUGCCAGGUCAUGUUCUGCGUGACCUCCCCUUCGGCAGUGACCCCGCGCGCCUGCUGCCCCGCCCCUGCUCCUGCGACGCGCCUGCACUCACGCACCUCGCCCGCGUCGCCGCCAGGGAGUUUCUGAGGGCGAGGAACCUUCUGCCGGAGGGGGUGAGCGCGCUGAGCCUCCCCGACAGCUUAAGACGCCGCCUCAGCCUCCUGGAAGAUUAAGAGUGGAGACUUAGGAUGAAUAGAUAGAUAAUAGAUAGGCAGAUAGAUAGAUAGAUAGAUAGACAGAUGGACAGAUAGAUAGAUAGAUAGACAGAUGGACAGAUAGAUAGAUAGAUAGACAGAUGGACAGAUAGAUAGAUAGAUAGACAGAUGGACAGAUAGAUAGAUAGAUAGACAGAUGGACAGAUAGAUAGAUAGAUAGAUAAUUGAUAGAAAAAGUACAGAGAUAGAUAAGUUAAUAAAAGGGACGAUAAUAUAGAUGAAUAGAUAGAUAGAUAGAUAGAUAGAUAGAUAGAAAGAUAGAGAUAGAUAACUUAUAAGGCAAGUAGAGAGUCCUAAAUAACUGGCUUUUUUUUCAUUAAUGUUUCCCUUCUAUUUUUUUGCCCUUGAACCGUUUCCUCUCCUGCAAAAAAAAAAAAAGUUAGAAAUAUAUAUAAUUGAUUAACACACGAUUUUUGUUAUGUGUCUUGUGUGUUACGAUGUGUGUGUGUUACUGGUUAUGUGUGUGUAUUUAAUGUGUUAUUGUGUUUAUGUUUUGGAUUAGUACGCAUAGCUGAGGUGUUUCUGCACAAUGAAAAAAUAUAUAUACACAUGUUG